CCAACAAACACGCAUUUUCACUCCUAUUUUAAUGGGGAAACAGGUUUCCCUCUUUUCUGCUGAAAGCAAACCAAAAACCAGAGAAAGGGAGCAGAGAAUAAUAAUAUGCCCAUGUCUUCGGCGGUGGGAUUAUCUGCGUCCGCAUCUCAGGACAACCAUGAAGACGGAAACACCGAAUUACCCUUGGAUUUGCUUCGCUUGGAUCCGGCGGUCGCCAAUUUGUCACUCCCGAAUGAAACUCUACUCAGAGCAGCCAUCUCUCUUAAAGAACAGGUGGUGGAGGCGACGUGGAAAGGGGUCGGAGGCGGUGGCGGUGGUGGUGAAGUGGGAAAUGGGGUGGGUAAGGGAGUGGAUCCAACUGCCUACACGGGUCUGCUGGGAACAGCGUUCACCUGUUUGAGGUCGUAUGAGGUUACCGGAAACCAGCAGGACCUGCUACUGUGUGCCGAGGUGGUUGAGACGUGUGCCUCCGUUGCUCGUGCCUCCAGUAGGCACGUGACAUUUUUAUGCGGUGGAGCAGGAGCCUACGCACUUGGUGCUGUGGUGGCCAAAUGCAUGGGGGACCAUCAUAGACGUGACUUCUUUUUGAACCUUUUCUUCGAGGUUGCACAAGAGAGAGCGCUUCCUGUUGGACCAGAAGAGGGUGGUUUUGGAAUGUCAUACGAUCUUCUUUAUGGAAGGGCUGGGUUUCUGUGGGCUGCUUUGUUUGUAAAUAAACAUCUUGGGGAGGAGGCAGUGCCUAAAGAACUUCUUGCACCCAUUAUUGAUGCUUUGUUGGCUGGAGGCAGGGCAGGUGCCUCUGAUAACCCAGCCUGCCCACUUAUGUACCGGUGGCAUGGAACAAGGUACUGGGGUGCAGCCAAUGGUCUUGCCGGGAUCUUACAUGUGCUGCUUCACUUCCCUCUAUCUGAACAAGACUCCGAGAAUGUGAAGGGGACUCUAAGGUAUAUGAUGAGCAACAGGUUUCUCCGUAGUGGCAAUUACCCAUCAAGCGAAGGAAAUCCUAGAGACAAGUUUGUACAAUGGUCUCAUGGUGCAACUAGUAUGGCUAUUACCUUGUCCAAGGCAUCACAAGUGUAUCCAAACGACAGAGAAUUUCGCGAUGCUGCCAUAGAAGCUGGGGAAGUUGUGUGGAAGAAUGGGUUGGUGAAGAAAGUGGGAUUGGCGGAUGGUGUAGCCGGCAAUGCCUAUUCCUUCCUUUCACUUUUCCGGCUGACAGGGGAGAGCAUAUACCAAGAGAGGGCAAAGGCAUUUGCAAACUUCUUGUAUCAUAAUGCAAAGAAGCUUGUGAACUUAGGGCAUGCGCGCGGAACUGACAAUGCUUACUCCCUUUUCCUCGGACUUGCAGGAACAGCAUGCCUGUGGUUCGAUUUGCUAGCACCCGAGAACUCUAGGUUCCCUGGAUACGAACUUUGAGUGAGGAUUAAUAAAGUUAAAAUCCUGUGUUAAUGGAUGUGAGCCUAAGCCCUAACAGAGCCUUGUAUGUGUCAGUUUUCCACUUCAAUCACAGUAAUAAUAUAUGCACGAAAAUAUCAUAAAUUCAAUGUUCGGAGCAUGAUUGCUGGAGAUUAGUGUGUUUUC